AUGUCAUGGCUUAUCCGUGGUGUCUUGCUGGGAAAUAUAUCCUUGGUGCUGGUUGAGAACAAGACAGGGAAGGAGCUGAGCAGGACAUUCUGGCAUUCAGCAAACAACGAAGGUUUGGGAAUAUGGCAGUGGUUGAUCUUACCUCUCCCAGAUAUACUGGACAGGUUUUGGUUUCAGAUUAUUGCUUCAUGGGAAAGAGGAUCCAAUGCCGUUAUUGCUUUUGACAAUGUCUCCCUUAGUCUGGACUGUUUUUUAACAAUCAAUGGAGAGAAGAUACCUCGAAGUACUACUCCAGACUCAAGCAAUUUGCUCACCAGUAGAAGAGGCCCGAAUAAUUUUGGAUGGGAACAAAAACUUCUGGGAAAUCUCCAACUCGGCACCGCCCCCAUUUCUGGUCCAGCAGAUCACUGGCUGUUCACAACAUGUGGUGCUAGUGGAGCCUAUGGCCCAACACAGAGCCAAUGCAAUGAUGCCUACAGGAACUCCAACCUCAGUGUGAUUGUCGGAGCUGAGGGGAUUCUCCAAGGCAUUCAAAUCUGGAGAGUACCAGCAACCAACACAUACAGCAUCUCAGGUUAUGGAGCUGCUGGUGGGAAAGGAGGGAAGAACACCAUGGUGAGAUCCCAUGGCGUGUCUGUACUGGGAAUUUUUGACCUCCAGAAGGAUGAUACGUUGUAUAUCUUGGUGGGACAGCAAGGAGAAGAUGCUUGCCCUAGUACCAAUGACGUUAUACAGAAAGUCUGCAUUGGAGAGAACAAUGUGAUUGAAGAGGAGAUACGUGUGAACAGAAGUGUCAAUGAAUGGGCAGGAGGAGGUGGAGGCGGGGGAGGUGCAACUUAUAUAUUUAAGAUGGAGAAUGGAGAACCAGUCCCCUUGAUAAUUGCAGCAGGAGGUGGUGGCAGGGCCUACAGAGCCAAAACAGACACAUUUCAUCCAGAAAGGCUGGAGAAUGAUUCCUCUGUUCCAGGGCUGAAUGGAAAUUCAGGAGCUGCAGGUGGUGGAGGUGGCUGGAAUGAUAACACUUCCUUCCUGUGGUCAGGAAAAUCCUUGCUGGAAGGUGCUACUGGAGGAAGAUCCUGCCCCCAGGCCAUGAAGAAGUGGGGGUGGCAAUGCUGCAGAGGACAAUGACCCAGAGAUGGAUGGGGAGGAUGGUGUGUCCUUUAUUAAUCCCAUUGGUACUUUAUACACUCCAGCAC